GAAGCCCUCUGUAUUUCCCCCUUCCCUUACAGGAGUUCUGGUGGGGGUCAUCCUUCGCUACGGAAUCCACAUUCCCAGCGAUAUCAACAAUGUGACCUUAAGCUGCCCGAUGCAAACAAGCCCCGCCACUUUGUUGGUCAACCUGAGUGGGAAGUUUUACGAGUACACCCUGAAGGGGGAAAUCAGUUCCCAUGAGCUCAACAAUGUUCAAGAUAAUGAGAUGCUGCGGAAGGUAACUUUUGAUCCUGAAGUGUUCUUCAAUAUCUUGCUCCCUCCAAUUAUAUUUUAUGCUGGAUAUAGCUUAAAAAGGCGGCACUUCUUCCGGAACCUUGGAUCCAUUUUAGCUUAUGCAUUUCUUGGAACGGCAAUUUCCUGUUUUGUGAUAGGAUCCAUCAUGUAUGGCUGUGUUGCGUUGAUGAAAGUGAUGGGACAACUUGGAGGAGACUUCUAUUUUACUGACUGCCUGUUUUUUGGUGCCAUUGCCUCUGCUACUGAUCCUGUGACUGUCCUCGCCAUAUUCCAUGAACUUCAAGUGGAUGUUGAACUCUACGCCCUUCUGUUUGGAGAGAGUGUUCUCAAUGAUGCAGUUGCUAUCGUGCUGUCUUCUUCGAUCGUCGCCUACCAGCCCGCAGGAGACAACAGUCAUACUUUUGAUGUCACAGCAAUGUUCAAAUCCAUUGGGAUUUUCCUUGGGAUUUUCAGCGGAUCAUUCGCCAUGGGGGCUGCUACUGGUGUCGUCACUGCUCUGGUCACCAAGUUUACCAAACUCCAUGAGUUCCACUUGCUGGAAACAGGCUUGUUUUUCCUGAUGUCCUGGAGUACGUUUCUGUUGGCUGAAGCGUGUGGUUUUACUGGAGUGGUGGCGGUUUUGUUCUGUGGCAUCACUCAAGCUCACUAUACUUAUAACAACUUGUCCACAGAAUCGCAGCACAGGACAAAGCAGUUGUUUGAGCUUCUCAACUUCUUGGCGGAGAAUUUCAUCUUUUCCUACAUGGGGCUUACACUGUUCACCUUCCAGAGCCACGUCUUUAAUCCUACAUUUGUGGUUGGAGCUUUUCUGGCGGUAUUCUUGGGCAGAGCUGCAAACAUUUAUCCCCUCUCUUUCCUGCUUAACUUGGGGAGACGAAACAAGAUUGGAACAAACUUUCAACAUAUGAUGAUGUUUGCUGGCCUGCGGGGAGCCAUGGCGUUUGCCUUAGCCAUCCGGGACACAGCUACCUACGCGCGGCAGGUGAUGUUCAGCACAAUCCUGCUGAUUGUCUUUUUCACCGUCUGGGUGUUUGGUGGUGGGACCACUGCCAUGCUCUCGUGCCUGCACAUUCGGGUUGGUGUAGAUGCUGAUCAAGAUCAUGUGGGUGGGGCAGAAAAUGAGGGGCGAAGCACCAGAGCUGAGAGUGCCUGGCUGUUCCAAGUAUGGUACAACUUUGACCAUAAUUACUUAAAACCUCUCUUGACACACAGCGGUCCCCCCCUGACCACCACACUCCCCAGCUGCUGUGGGCCCAUUGCAAGGUGCUUGACGAGUCCACAGGCUUAUGAGAAUCAAGAGCAGCUGAAGGAUGAUGAUUCGGAUCUGAUUUUGAAUGAUGGAGACAUCAGUUUGACGUACGGGGAUUCCACUGUGAAUUCUGAUUCUUUGCCAUCGGGUGCCUCGAGACGAGUUGCUGGAAACGGUUCCGAGGACACGCUAGACCAAGAGCUCGGCUUUGGGGACCAUGAACUUGUCAUCCGGGGCACACGCCUAGUUCUCCCCAUGGAUGAUUCCGAGCCCCCUUCGGGCGUGGUUGAUAAUGCUCGCCACGGCCCAGCAUAAGAUCAGUUUCUUGACACGACUGGUAGUCCAAAAGAGAGAAAAAAAUCCACAGAUGAUGGUGAAGAAAACCUGGCUAUCUAUGACCCAAAAACCUACUGCAUGUCUCAGAACGUCUCAGCUGUAUAAAUAUGAUUUAUUUAUAUGGUGUCAGGAGAAACAUUCGCUAUCUGCGCAAGGCAGUUCAUGGAGAGCAAGCUGUUAAUUUUGUACGCUUAAAAACAACCACCUGAAAGUGAUGAACUUGCAAUGAAUAGCAGUGGAACUGUUUUAGGAUACAGUUGUGCUGUGACAGCCGUGGGGAAGUGAAGAGACUUGUAGGACAGAGCAGCUUUGCAGCAGCCCUUCCAGUUGUAUAGACUAAUUUUUUUGUUGGGUUUUUACCAUUCAGUGCCCAUUUCUCUGAUACCAGAAAAGGAAGGGGAUAAGUUUGAGGAGUGGGAGCCUAGACUAGGUAGCCAAACUGCAGUAGGAAAAAGAUCUCUAAAGCGGAAGAGGAUUGCUUGGAAUCUUCACAUUUUAUUUUGAAGAACAUCCUUUGGAUGUUGGACAGAUUUGGGGAGAAUUGCCCAGAGAGCUUCUGUCUUCGGCCGUUUGGAUUUCCACAUUUAAUAGGGAGUUAGCCAGAUGAUGGAUGGGAUUUGACUGCUGUGGACGCAGGAGGGUCAGACUUGCAAGUUGUGUGUUAACAGGAACAACCGGUAAUCCAAGAGUGAGGGUCAGAAAGACCAGAAGCAGUUCUUAAGAAGGCGCUUCUUUGUGGUUUUGCUGACACGGAAGGUGCGUGUUUAUAAUUGUGUUUUGUUUUUUGUUUUUCUCUUGCCUUAUCUCAUAGGAUUAGGGCGAGGUCCUGAAUUACGGAGUACUCAAAGCAGCCACUGUUUUGUUUAUUUUCACACAGAGAAUUAGCGCAGAGUUUCCAGAGCAGGUUGGGGCACCAAGAAGUGGCCAAGUUAGUUUUGAGCUUCUGGUCUAGUGGCUGCAUCCUUCGGGGGGAAUGUUUCUAACCAGUGUAGGUCUACUAAACAGACCAGCUGGAGAAGUAGCAUUUGGGAUUGUUCAAAGGACACAGGUGGAGAUUUUACAGACCGUCCAGGUUUUUUUUAAAAGAUAUUUCAGAACAUCCAUCCAUCUUGUAUAGUUGCACUGUUUGGUAACAUUUGCGUGUGUGUGUGUCUGUAAUGAAAAAAAAGACUUCAGUCUUGCAUCGUUUACAAUUCAGUGAGAAAAAUGCUGAUUAAGAUCCUAUUAUUUCUUGAUGUAGAGUUUUUUUUCUUUGCCUGUGGAAGAGCACUGAACAACCUGUUGAUUUACAUUCAGUUUGUUCAGAUUUUUCCUGUAACUUCCUGUUUGAAUCGCACUGAGAAGUCAAGAACUCUCAGUGCACCUUUUCCAGGUACAUCUCACGGGCAGAGCCGGUACUGUUACAAACGGAACAUAAUCGCUCUCUUGAGCAUAAAACAUGCAAAGCCAAAUCUUAUUUUAGAAUUUUGAAAUAUUUUUUAAUGUCCUAUUUUAUUCUAGUUACUAACGGUCCUUAUCUUUUAUCCUGUUUUAAAAAUGGGUUUCAUUUUGAUCACUGACCAUAAUAAUAAAGCUAUCACUCUUUUAGAUUUGCAUCAGCAGUAAAUAGCAGUGUGGCUUCCCUUUGGCUAUUCAUUCAGUCCCCAGAGAAGUUUCUCAGCCUAGAAUAAGGGUUGUACAUCCACGUAGGCCUUCCUCUGACUGAGGAGGAAAAACUUGCACAAAAAUUGUGCUGGCCUGGGUUUUUAUGAACGUGAUCCUUCUGCCCUGGAGACGGGCUGGGUAGCUGGAGACACCCUGCGUUUCAGUAUAUAAAGCAUAACUUUGUGGCUUUUUUCUGUUUGUUUAAAAGAAGAGCAAAUGAGAACAGAUAGUUUUUGUUGAGAUUUCUCCCCAGAAGAGCUGAGUUGAACCCUCCUGUCUUAUCCUUUUAAACCUUCUCUAAGAUUGGCUGUGCUUGACUUUUGCCCCAAAGUGAUUCUUCUAGUCCAGCUGUUAACAAUGGCACGGAGUUGAUUCCAUUUCAGCCAUGAAAACAAAUUACCUUUUGUUUUCCAAGACUUUCAAGUCUGAAUUAGCCUUCCUUAAGUCUCCUUCAGAGCAGUUUUUUGGAGUAGCCCAGAAUUGUGGGGUCUCUCUUCCCUCUGAGUUGCAUUCUGCUUGCAUCCUGUCCAAAUGCAUGUCCCAUCCACAUUUCUCAAGAGUAGCUCCAAUUCUUUAGUGACACAGCUUGUCUGAGAAGCAUAAAACUUCACUGCACUGGAAAAAAAUGUGUUUUCUUCUCCCAGAUUUUGUUUGUUUGGUAACAUUAGGUCUAUUUUUUUUUCCUGCUAUGCAGGAACUUCAUUAAAUAUAUGUGAAUGCAUGUGUGCUUUUAUAUAAUGUCUGUAUCUUAAUGUCCAAUGUUAAAAUAAUAACAAUACUAUUGCUAAUAAGAAUAUGAGAAAUAUUCAUGUGUUAAAAUUUUUACAUCACUUGCACAGUGAUAAUUCUUUGGUUUAAAAUGUUUCUAAGCAACAGCUAAUGAUCUUGUGUAGCCUGAUCGCCAUUAGGUUUGCAGACCUCUGUAUCUGAAAAUGUAGAAUGUUGUCAAGGAAACAUAUUUCUGAUAUUGGAUUCCACUUCUGCUCCGUCCUCCCCAAAUUGGAAGAUUGCAGACUCGUACCAGUUGAGCUUGUUUUUGUAAAUCAUGAUGAAGACUUGUCCUCCAGAUGUUGCAGAACUGCAGUUCCCAGCAACCUCAAAUGCCAUGGCCAAGUGAGGCAUGCUGGGAAUUAUAGUCCACCAACAACAGGUUGAAGAUUGCUCUUCCUGUUGUGUGUUGUUCAACAUCUGGAAGGCCCCAUUUUGUCCUGUUUGAGGCUUUCUUUACUUUUUGACUUGCCCAGACCAAAAGUAGAACAAGAUCCCUUGCAAUUUUGGGAUCUGGAUCUGGUCUCUAUCACAUAUAUUAAACUGAGUGGAGCUAACAAGUUUAGGAAGAUCCUAGAUCCUGAGGGAAUCCGUGUUCAGUGGUUCAUGCUUUGCUGCCUUAGCUGGACUACAGAGGGAAAUGCUCUCACACCCAUCCCCUUGACUGUGUCUGCUUUAUUUUCAAGAGCAGUUGUGCAAUGUCAGAUCGCUCCCAUAAGGUUGAGAACCAUCUUACAAAUGUGUCAUUUAUUUAAAUCAGCAACUCGCUAACGUGUGGUUGAGGAGAGAAGUCUUGUGAUGUAAGCAUUCGUUGCAGUGUAUUCUAGUUAGGAACAUGGCAGAGAUCUCCUGGUUUUAAAAGGCAAGCCGAUGGUUCCUGGUGGGUCUGUGGGAGAGGACAUCCUAUAACACAGCCUCUUGAGAAGCUGUUCUCCUAAGCGGGACUCCUGAACGCAUUGACUGCAUCUAAUACUGUUUGUUUCCUGAGCUGUACGUUAAGAAUAUAGGGGAUGUUGCAAGAACUUUCGGGGAGAAACAACUUCAUUUCCCAUCUUCAGACUAAGCACCUCUAUAAAACAGAUCCUGUAUCUUGAGGAUUUCUCUUUCUCAGUGUAUAAUAAUACACUUCCUAUGUCUUUCGUGCAAGUUUGCUGUUAAAGGCAUAUUAACAACAACCACACCCACUGUAGCUCCAGAUUUCUAAUGCCUGUGAUUGUUUGUAACUGCUUAUUGAAUUAAUACACUAUUGUUGAGAUAGAUCCCAGGUUUUAUGGCCGGUGAGAGAGAGAGAACCCUCUAACGCUGGAACCAGUGACAGAUUCCCACUGCCGCUCCUCCAGGAUUAACCACGAUCUGCCAGAAAUAGAACAUGGUGUUGAUAAGUGUGCAUUUCUUUCUUUGAUACUGCAGCAAAGCAAUUCCUUGUGCUUAAUUUCUUCAGGGUCUCUUGUACCAUGUUCUUACGCGACCUCAAAAACAGCAGUGGGGAUAUAUAUAUAUAUAAGCUUGUGACUCCAGCCGUGGUUUUAAAAUCAAUUACCCUUGAAAUAAGCUGUUCUGUAAAUGAUUCAAUUUCUGCAUCAGUGACACUGUAUGUCAAGUUCUAGUGUUCUCUACUUACUGUUGAAUUGUCUCUUUUUAUGGUAUUAACUGCUAUAGUUGUGGCAUUCUUGUAAUUAUAUACUUAAGCAUAAUUGCACCUUUCUUUUUGAUUUAUGAUAACUAAAUCUUUUAUUGUUACUUGCACUGUGAAAGAAAUCAUGGGCCUAUAAAAAGUUUGUUUCUUUCAA